AUGGAUUCUUACGAGCCAAACAGCGGAUCGCCCACCCCGCCAUUUGAUGACAACGCGUUUACGGAAGAUUUUUCCGAGGAAACACAAGAUUCCUUGAACCCACCAACAGUAGACUUUUACGGUGUACUGAACGUGCCCAAGGAGGCUACAGACGAACAGAUCAAAGAAGCAUAUAAGCGGUUAUGUAGAACAUUUCAUCCGGAUAAACACGUAGACCCGGAAAAUAAGAGGACUGCUGAGACCAACUUUCAAGUAAUACAGCGAGCAUAUGAAGUUCUAACGGAUCCUACUAAGAGAACAAUAUAUGAUAUGUUUGGAGAAGAAGGAUUAAACACCUCAUGGGAAGUUGGAACUCGGUUAAAAACUCAACAAGAA